AUCACUUAGACAUGGAUAGCAGCGAAGAAAGUAGUUGUGCUAGUGAACAUAGCGAAGUAUAUAGUUCUGAAACAGAUGAAAGUAUUUGCAAAGGGUGUUAUGAUAACGAACCUGAAUAUACUGAAAGUCAGUUGAAAAACAUUUGUUCAUCAAAAACUGCGAAUGAUAUUUCAGACGACGACGAAGAUGAGGAUUUAGACUCAAGCAGGUUAGAAAACUUACAUUGGUGUAAGUGUAAAAAAUGUGAUAUACACGAGUUAAUGACUGUUGAAGAAUGCAAGUGUUGUUUGGAGUUUACAACUUUACUGGGAGAAAAGCUGGAAGAGAAUACAUGUAUUACCUUGCAUAAAGAUUUUAAUAUUCUUUGAUAUAAAAUCUUUUCAAAACAAGUAAGCUUAUUAUUCUACCUUUCAAAACAAAUAUAAAAUAUUACUUCAUAUGCGAAAAAAAAAUGCGUUCUUUAUCUACAUAAAAGUUCGUUUACUGAAUGUGAGUCAAAGAAUAUUUAAAAAUAUAUAUACAACAUUUUGUAAGGCCUAGGUUCCACAACAACAAAACAUAUUAUAUUCU